GCCGAAACCGCUGACCAAAAAUUUAGAUAACAACUUACAUUCGUCUCAUAACGAUCUAAAUAAAGAUUUUUAAAUAAAAUCAACAAAAAUGAAAUCCUUCAUUGUUUUCACCGCACUCCUGGCCUGCACCGCCGCUGCACCCGGCCUGCUCCUCCACGAAACCCCAGUGGUAGCUGCUGUCCAUACUCCAGUUAUCCACACUGUCCCCAUCGUGGCCGCUAAGACCACUGUGACCAAGAGCAGCCAAGUUGUCAACCAUGGUUCCACUCUGGUACAUUCCGCCCCUGUGGUCCAUGCCGCACCCGUGGUCCAUGCCGCACACGUGGUCCAUGCCGCACCCGUGGUCCACACUGUCACUGCCCCAGUUGUCCACACGGUCCCAAUCGUCCACACCGCUCCUGUAGUUGUGAAGACCGCCCCCGCUGCCAUCGCUCACAGUUCCUCCGUGGUGCACCACCACACUCCCAUCGUCAAGACUUUGCCCCUGAUCGCUGUUCAUCAUUGAUUUUUCAAAAAUAAAUUAUA